CGAACGUCGAGCAUGACACGGCGCUAGUGGUGUCCUGACCUCCCUUUCGAAGCACACCUGAAGUGUGGACCUGUUGGUGGGUCUUCAACUUAUAACAUGAGUCCGUAACAGCUUUCUUCUGGAAAACUACGUAUUCUAGCAUCGCGUAAGAUUAAAUAAAUACUAUGACGACUGAAGAUAAUGGAAACAUUGGCUUACUGAAACCGACCCUAAGUAGUACAGAAGAUCUAAGCGAGUACACAGAUGCAGAUGAGAGUAUGUCAGCACCAACGGAGUUCCUUGCAGAGUUUCUAUCGGCCUUGAUGAUGAAGGAGUAUGGAAAUGCAUUAAAGUAUUGUAAACUGAUUCUACAGUAUGAGCCUAACAACGCAACGGCCAAAGAAUUUUACCCGCUCAUCAUAGAGAAGAUAAAACAGACUGAAAUUCAGAAGGCGAAUGAGAGCAACGACACCGAGAGUGAGAGUGAAACGAGUUCUUCAUCUGAUUCGGAAUCGUCGACUAGUGAUGACAGCAGUGAUGGUCAAGAGGAGGAAGAGGAUGUGGAAGAAGAGGAGGUUGAGGUGAAUAUGAAUAAGGAUAAGAACAAAGGCUCUAAAGGAUCAUCGAACGGUGAUAACACAACUGGCAGCUACUCAAGUCUGGAGGACGAUGAAGCCGUUUUAGAUCAGCUAGCAGCACUCACCCAAAAGUACAAAAUUGACAACAUGGAUCUUGGAAACGGAAAUAAAAUAUAUGACACGAACAGCACCGAUCCAACCUUGUCCAAAUACAACUUCACCGACAACAAACCGAAGAACGAUUUUCUUGCAGUUGAAAAAAUGUACAAUUUCGCCACCAGCUCUGAUUCUGAGUCCCCUACUGAGCCAGUGACUCAGGAAACUAUCGCGAUGCUGCGUGCUCGUGUAGUUCCGAACUAACCCUAGAGUGAGAUGAAGAGAAACCAUAUUACUUCUUAGAUGUUAGAAGUUGUUCACUGGGAUGACUACAGAGGAAGGAGAAAACGGAAAAACACUAGAUUAGGUUGAAGAGGGUUAAAAUAAUCAUAUCUGUUUAAUGUCAGAACGUCACCCAAGAUUCACUUUUCCUUUCGUAAGGUCCUAAGAUGGUUGAAUGCGGUU